ACUUCAAAAUCGAGAAGUUCAUUGACUCGCUUGUUCUUUAUUGUUAAAAAUGGCGAGUCGAGGUGGUUCGGCUAGGCGUGUUCCUGAAACUGAGGCAACAAUUACGUACGUGCAAUGCGAUGGAUUGGCGGUGAUGAAAAUUGUCAAACACUGCCAUGAGGAAUCAUGCAGCAACAUGGAAGUGGCUCAGGGAGCCCUUCUGGGCCUUGUGGUGGAGAACCGUCUGGAGAUCACCAACUGCUUCCCGUUCCCAAAGCAUGAUGAUACCAUGGAUGAGGAAGAGUAUCAACUUGACAUGAUGAGGAGACUCCGGCGAGUCAAUGUUGAUCAUUUUCAUGUUGGAUGGUACCAAAGUGCAGAUGUAGGCAACUUCUUAAGCCAGUCACUGCUAGAGUCGCAGUACCAUUACCAAACGUCUAUUGAGGAGAGUGUAGUGGUCAUCUAUGACACCAAGAAGUCUGCUAGGGGAUUCCUUACGCUGAAGGCUUAUCGCCUUACUCCUCAGGCUAUCGCUAUGUAUAAAGAAGGUGACUACACUCCAGAGGCCUUACGCAACUUGAAGAUCGGAUACGAAAGCUUGUUCAUCGAAGUGCCGAUUGUAAUUCGUAACUCGCCAUUGACCAACAUAAUGAUGUCCGAGCUCACUGAGAUGAUACCUGAAGAGGACGGGUCUAAAUUUUUGGAUCUUGGUACUGCAUCCGUGCUUGAAGGCCAACUGCGUAGUUUAAUGGAGCGCGUAGACGAGCUUAACCAGGAAGCAAUUAAAUUCAAUCGCUAUCAGCAAUUAGUUGUCCGUCAGCAACAAGACAAACACCGAUGGCUCCUCAAGCGUGCCCAGGAAAAUGCUGCCAGAGCUGCCAAAGACGAGCCAGCUUUACCUGAAGAGGAUGUUAACAAACUCUUUAAACCUCACCCGGUACCUCCAAGGUUAAACCCUAUGAUUGUAGCUGGGCAGAUCAACACUUACAGCCAACAUAUAAGCCAGUUUUGCUCACAAAGUCUUGCAAAGUUGUACCUGACACAGGCUCUACAGAAUGCGAAGGAAGGCACGAAGCAGAACAACUAGAUUUGUAUUGUAACGGUAUUAUAUUUUGUGACGUCACACAUUUUGGUUUCAUUGUAAUUUUGUGUACUGGAUAAAUAAAAAUACAGUGAUAAGAACGUAA